AUUCAGUCAAUUAUUAAAACUAAUAUAAGAACAUACAAAAAUGAGAGUUGCAAGAUUCAAGUGAAGUCGGGAAAAUCAACGCUCUAUUGGAGAAAGAUAAUUCAAGGAUCUGGAAUCUUAUCCUCAUGCAGGCACACACUGAAGUAAACAUGUCGGACAUCGCCAAUGAAAGCUCUAACAACUAUACGGGCAUGGAUGAUUCGUGCGGAUCUGAUGAUGCUGUUACCUUUCAAUAUUACACCUGGGGAAUAGUCGCAAACAUUGUGUCAGCGUACGGAAUUAUUGGAAACAUUCUGUCAAUUAUUGUGUUACGUCAUCGCCAAAUGCGGAACUCCACGUCCUAUUAUUUGAUAUCUUUGGCUGUAUACGAUAUUCUGCUACUUCUUUUCAUGUCACUAUUUUUGGCACUACCCACAAUAUAUCUGGAAAAAGAUGUCAUGGAAGAUUACUUCUUUGCUUAUCAGUACAUGCAUCCCUAUGUCUACCCAAUAGCGUUAAUAGCACAAACAGGAACUGUCUACACGACCCUCGCGUUUACGGUGGAACGAUACAUCGCAGUGUGUAAACCUUUACACGCUGCCAACACCUGUACAAUGUCACGAACAAAGCGUGUAAUAAUCUUCAUAUUCGUAGCUUCAAUAGCUUACAACAUUCCGCGCUUUCUGGAAUACCGCACUCGUGAAGACUGGAGUGAUGCUUACAAUCGUACAAUACCGAGUAUCGAGUUCACCGCAGUCGGAGAAAACCAAGUGUUCCAGGAAGUGUAUUUCAUCUACCUAUACCUCUGCAUCAUGUUUCUCAUUCCUUUCAGCUUGUUAACUGUUCUGAACAUUUUACUGAUUCGAGCUGUAAACAAGGCUCGUAAAACCAGAAACUAUAUGAGCUCAUCAAACACGAAAGACACAAGUUUAACUGUGAUGCUUAUUGUCGUUAUCAAUGUCUUUCUUGCAUGCCAGUUUCCCGCUCUGGUGGACAAUAUCAUCGUGGCUUUGUUUGAUUAUGGUGACCUGAAAUGUUCCGUUCAAUGGGUGCGGUUUACAACCAUCAGUAACCUUCUUGUUGUUGUCAACUCGGCAGUAAAUUUCAUUCUAUACUGUAUACUGAGCAAGAGAUUUCGAAGAGUCUUUCUAAAAAUAUUUCGCUUGAAAAAGAGUCGGCCAAAAUACAAAUUUACUGUUCAUAAUCAAAGCUCAGUAUACAUUCGUAACAAUUUGCACCUUCGUAAUUUGGGCUACGGAACACGGCUGACAAAUUACUUUGAAGUCACAUCUUCUUUACUCUGAUUGUUUUUCUUUACAAAGCUGUUUUUGUUGAACACCCCUUUUUUAUUGAAAAAAUACCCUCGCUCUGUAUUAUUUUGUUGACAUUAGUUUGAAUGUGCGAUUUUAUUGCUCAUGAGGUUAAAAAAAAUUGUUUGUUUCCAAAAACUCAACCAACCCUAUUUUUCUUUCCGGACCCUACACCUUUCUUUGCGUUUUGAUUAAUACAUGGAUUUUUUUUUUUUAUUUCCUUAAUGAAACGAAUUUAAAAUUUGACCAUUUUAUAUCUGCAACUUUCCACAAUACUGUUGAACCCCAGUGGCCCGAACUGGCUUGGCUCGAAUUCCUCAAUGGUUGGAACUAGAUGUAAAAGACAGAUUUAUACUGAAGGUAAACAAUCCCACUUGUCUCGAUUUUUACGAGACUCAAUGUAUUUUUGCCAGUCCCUGGGAGUUUUAGCCAUUGCGGUUUGACUGUAGUGAUAUUCCCCAAUAGAGGUCAGUUUGGUGCAAAAUAUCGGUUCUCAAAAAAUAGAAAAAUAUU